GUAUGGGAGCAAGAAUCCAAAGAACUCUUCAUCUCCAAACAAGACUGCCCGUUGUGUGCAGCUCUUUGGGAACUGCCCAUUGAACAAAGUCUAAACCAGGCUAGAGAGCGUUUCGUGGAUGUCACAGCCGAAAGCUCGCAUCCCGUUUCUCUGAAAGUGCUGGAGGUAAACAACACGAGUCGGGUUCUUUGGGCAAGCCUUGAGGUUUCUUUAGAAAUCAAACGAGAUGGUUUUGUAUAUCUCUCCCGGGCAUCAAUGGGGAUCUCGCCACAGGAUCUAGAUGAUCCAAAUCCUCACCCGCACUUUUGGACUUGGGGUCGAACACAUCCAUUUCGAACUUUGGCAGAAGACAGAGUACUAUGCGCGAAAACGUGGUUGAAAACUUGUGAGAGCACACAUGGUAGCUACUGCCAACCGCGCAAGGGAAAAUUACCCAAACGGUUCAUUGACACGAGACCGGGCCAGCCUUUACGCCUGGUGUCUACUACUAGUGAAGUGUUCCAGCAACUCUCCGACUCUGUGAGUUAUGCGACAUUGAGCUACUGCUGGGGAGCUUCGAUUCCAUUGAGAACAACGAAAGUCACGGAAGAAGACUUUGGUGUUUCUAUACCUGAGAACCUUCUUCCAAGAACUUUCCGACACGCGAUAAGACUUGUCCGCUCGUUAGGUAUCCGCUAUCUGUGGAUCGACUCAUUGUGUAUAAUACAAGACGCCCAGGCAGAGUGGGAGUUAGAGGCUUCCCGAAUGGGGGAUUUCUACGCUGGAAGCAUCAUCACCAUAGCAGCGAGCUACGCAUUGAAUAGCGAAGGAGGGUGUUUCUCAGAUGAUGAUGAUAGUAUGGAGGCGGUUGCAAAUGACAAAGACUCAGGCCAAGGAGAGACUGCCAAUCCUGAACGUACUUCAGGAGCCAAGACAGAUCCUACAGUCCGGAUAUUUGCUUACAAGGAAGAGGACCUGAACUAUUCCUUCCAACCAUCCUAUUCCACGAUGAUACGCUUUCAAUCUCUUGACCCCCGCGAAGUUCCCCGGCAUGCACAUCUCAGCAC